AUGAAUGCUUAUUUCAGGCCUCAUUCUCUUCAAGGUCCAGUCAAAGAUUUUACUGCUAAUUUUACCAAUCUUGGAGCAAGCGGUCGCCUCGGUCCUUCAUCAAUCGGCAACCAUUACAAAGGCCAAGGCCAUGAUGGUCAUGUGACACUUGUGGCGGGAAUCCAGCAGUGGCGUUUACCGUGCAAUACCCGGUACAGAAUCGAGGCAGUUGGCGCCACAGGUGGCUACGAUACAACAAACGCCGGAAGAUAUCGCGGUUUUGGAGCACGGAUUAUUGGCACUUUUCAACUGAAAAAGGAAGAGACACUAAAAAUUCUGGUAGGCCAAGAAGGGGGUCUCAAUAGUGCUUCAUCUUCCUCAGGAGGGGGAGGUGGUAGUUUCGUGGUACGUUCAGAUAACACCCCCCUGAUUAUAGCCGGGGGAGGUGGAGGAAGGGAGUCACCGCAGUCCUCGAAAACAGAAUGUCACGCUACAACAAGCACAUCAGGGAAUCCAGGAUAUUCAAACGGGUCACCCACGUGGUCUGGAGGAAGUAAUGGUACCGGAGCAAACACCGCUGACCAUGGUAACUCAGGGGGAGGAGGUGGAGGCUUUUUGACAAGCGGCCGAAGCUCAGUUAACUUUGGUGGGAGCUACGGCAAUGGAGGAGAGGGUGGAAAAGGUUUCCUUCAGGGUGGAGAGGGAGGUAGAGCAAUGAGCAAUAAUGCCCAUGGGGGAUUUGGUGGCGGAGGAGGAGCGUACGGUAAUGGAGGAGGUGCUGGAGGCGGAGGCGGCUACUCGGGGGGUGCUAGUGGGGAUAACGACUCAAAUUCCUGUGGCGGUGGAGGUGGGUCAUAAAACUCUGGUGAUGAGCAAAGCAACAGCUGUUGUUAUAACGACAAGGGGCAUGGGUUUGUGUUUGUCACGUGGUCUUGUUAAAGAAGCAUCUUAACGUGUUUCAUCAUUACACAUAUAAAUCAUGCUUGACGUAUUGUUAGUUUAAUUAGUGCAUGUGAAAUAAUGAUUUUUUUACAUGUGAACCGUGCAUUGUUAAUAAAUCGUAGUGUUCGAAGUAAUUUCAUUAUUGUCACUAAAUAUUAGUGUAACAGUAUUGUAAAUUAACAAUGUAAAGUAUUGUUCGUAUUUUGUGUAAUGUUAUCUUAUGUAGGGCUUAGUAGUGCAAGUAAUAACAAUAAUAAUGAUAAUGAUAAUGAUGAUGAUAAUAAUAAUAACAGUAAAGUGCUUCUUUCCAAGGGAACUGCUACCCGCGUUGAAGAAACCUUAAGAGGAAUUUUUUCAGUUUUAAAGUGAAAGGAAAAUAAGAAAAAAAAUUGUGAAUGAGUUUCCUUCUUAGGGGCUACUAUAUAAAAUCAAGAAAUCUUUAAGCUUUCACUUUAUCAUGGCUUUCUGUCUGUCCACCUCCACCUCUUUUUAGAAUCAUGACAUCUAAUGAUGGAAACAUGACUUGGACGUUCACUCGACCAAUUUCACUUGGUGAGACUUGUAGUAAAUCUCCCGUCUUUCAAAACGUUUCACUGUGGCAAUGAAGGUAAAAGUAAUGAAACCCCUCAGCUUUCAUCCAGCCGUUAUUUGAAUGUAAGUUAGCUUGUUACAUAAGAACGUAUCGAUAUCACAUCAGAUUACAUACCGAAUUGUAUGUUGUUGUUCUUUUUCCCGAUGAGUUCACUGUUGCUUUGGAAACAGGUUGUUUAAAAUAUUUACCAACGAGUCAGUGGCAAGUACAAGUUGUUACUUGCAAAAGAGAUUAGU